UUUGUUAAUGUAGAAAAAGGAUCAUUUGAGACUCUCAGUGCCCAAUUUCUGACGUAUCUAACCACCGGACAACGGUGGGACUCAUCUUGUUCGUUAUCUCCGGAAAGUCAACCGUUGAUAUUGAUUGAAAUGCCUUUCCGAUCAAACUCCGAUGCUAUCUCGAUCGGCUCUUCUUAAAUUUUCUAAGAGUUGUUCCUUAGGGUUUUAGCUUUGAAUGUUUCACCACGCUUCAAUUUUAGAUCUCUCGACUUCUUCGCCAACAAAGACCUAGCCAGCUAACUGCCGUACGAUUUUCGGUAGGAUGGAUCUUGGAAUAAACGGAAACGGAGUUAAUUCGGACGUACAAUCUGACAGCCAAAUAUCUCAUUUGGCAUUGGAUAUUGGGGGCACUCUUGCUAAGUUGGUGUAUUUUUGUGGGAACAAGAAAUUGUUGAAAAAUGAUGAAGUUCAGAGUUCUGUUAAAGCUGGUGGAAGAAGCCGUACUAUUAUCCAAGGGAAGCUUCAUUUUACCAAGUUUGAAACAAGCAAAAUUGAUGAAUGUGUAGCGUUUAUUAAUCGCAAGCAACUUGGUUCCCACCACCCCAAGGAUCUUGACAAUGACAGAAUUGUUGUAAAGGCCACUGGUGGUGGAGCAUUUAAAUUUGCUGAUCUCUUCAAAGAAAAGCUCGAUUUUUGUUUAGACAAGGAAGAUGAGAUGGAUUGCCUCGUUGCUGGAGCAAAUUUUCUCCUAAAGGCAGUCAACCAAGAAGCAUUUACCUACAUAGGUGGUCAAAAGGAGUUCGUGCAGAUUAACCAAGAUGAUUUGUAUCCUUACCUCCUUGUCAACAUUGGCUCUGGAGUCAGCAUGAUUAAGGUGGAUGGAAAUGGAAAGUUUGAGCGGGUAAGUGGAACAAGCCUUGGUGGCGGGACAUUCUGGGGUUUGGGUAAGCUUUUGACAAAGUGCAACAGUUUUGACGAAUUGUUGGAAUUGAGUCACCAAGGGAAUAAUAGAGUGGUAGACAUGCUUGUUGGAGAUAUAUAUGGUGGAACAGAUUAUUCUAAGAUGGGUCUUUCAUCCACAGCCAUUGCUUCUAGCUUUGGCAAGACAAUAUCAACAAACAAGGUGCUUGAGAACUACAGGACUGAGGAUCUUGCUCGGUCCCUUCUUAGAAUGAUUUCAAACAACAUUGGACAGCUUGCCUAUCUUACUGCACUUCGAUUUGGACUCAAGAGAAUAUUUUUUGGAGGAUUUUUCAUACGUGGUCAAUCUUAUACUAUGGACACCAUAUCUGUUGCCGUUCAUUACUGGUCGAAGGGCGAUGCGCAAGCAAUGUUCUUGCGACACGAAGGAUUUCUUGGGGCCUUAGGUGCUUUUGUGAACUAUAACAAACAGGGCCACGAUAACUUGAUAUUAAUGCAACAAGUCCAAAAACACAAGCCGGAGCCUGAUGGUACAACAACAGAAGAGGAAGACAGUGAGUAUGCAAGCAUAGAUUGUAGUGUCUAUAUAGAUUAAGAUUAGAGUCCAUUUCGUUUCUUGAAUUUUAUCAUUGUUGGUGCCAAGUAUGGCGCCCUCCACGUUGUAGUCUUGCUCUCAUUGCCCAUCUUAUGGGUUGUAACUUUAAUCUCUUUUACAACACGUCACAUUGAGAUAUAGAAUGAAAUAAAACAAACUUUCUAUAGCUGCUUAGCCAUACGUAAAAACUAAUGCUACAAGCUUUCAUUCCAUCAA